GGUUAAUCCUCUGCAUUGUGUGAAAAGGCUGAUCCUUUCUUCUCUGCCCCUCCUCUUGUUGAAAUGACCACCUGAUACAGACUGAAUUUGUAGUCACAUGCACAUGCUCAGUUUGGUGUGUAUUGCUAGAGAGAGUGUAUGUGAUCAGCAAAGGGCCAAUCAGCACUGUCCAGACAGAGGGUCAGAGGUUUUACAUCCUCCUAGAGCGGAAAAAGAAAACGCCUACAAGCUUUAACAAUGCUCUGCUGAUGUCACAAGACUGCUCUAACUGCUGAUAAGAAAAGGUAUUUAGCAGUUUAUAUUUACUAA